GGCGGAAAAGGCGGGAGAAGACUGCCGCUUCCGCGUCACCGCAGCACAGACACAACAGUAAGGCAAAAUGGACGAUAAGUUAAUAUUGGCUGUAUUUAAUUGCCCAGAGCUGUACAAUGUCACUUUGCCGAAUUAUCGCUGCACGGAAAGUCGGGCAAAUGCUUGGAGAACCAUCAGUAUUGCACUCGGUAUCCCAUCUGAAGAGUGUAAACGAAAAUGGAAGAACAUGAGAGACCGGUACUUGAAGGAAGUUCGAAUGGAGAUAAAAUGCAAAAAGCAAGGAGAGAUUGUGCCCAGUAGAUGGAAAUAUAGACAAAUUAUGAAUUUUAUCGCACCCUUCACUGGAUCACGGAGUGGGGUGGCAGACAACUUUGGCAACGACGACGACCACGAUCAUGAUCAAGAUCAGUCCUGCAGUGCAGAUGGGGAAACGGCAUCCUCUGACGGAGUCAAGAUCCCACAGUCCAUUAAGGUCCCUGUGAGUCAACCAGACACCAAGACCCAGGUGCCGUUCGUACCACAGCUACAAUCAGUUCCUCCUGAUACAGACAUGACCUCGCUGGCUGUUAUGGCCAAGGUGUCGACGAGCCCUCAGAGCACCUCCGUCAGCAAAACCGGACGGAAACGCAAAGCGGUCCAAGAGUCGGCUUCACCGCCGUCUUCCCAAAGGGCGCAGUCCCCUACAAAGUGGCUGGUCAAAGACAAUGGCACCUCGCUGCCCACCAGGCCUCGCGAUGAGGACGAACUCUUCAUGCUCAGCUUCGUCCCGGCUCUGAAGCGGCUUCCACCACAAAAAAGAUGUGAGACAAAGAUAAAGAUCCAGCAGAUCAUGUAUGAAGCAGAGUUCAACGCUGCACAACCAGAACUCAGAGAGAAACAGACAGAGCCAGAAACACAGGACUAGGACAAAAAGACUUUUUUGUACUUUUUUCAGUUUUUUUUUAAUUCACCCUUCCACAAAAUUACCAAAUAUCUAUUUUUCUUUUUUUUUUUUACAGCAAAGUGUUUUCAUAUAAAAUAAUUAAAAAUGAAAAAUAAUAAAACAUCACUGUUUUAACAGA